AUGUCUAUCUGUCCACCUCCAUCGAGCGCUUCCGCCAACCAAAAUAAUAAUAGUGUUUUCCUACUAUCAGAUCCAUCUUCUGGCCAGUCGACUUUGCUCCAACAACGCCAGAAAGUUUCUCCUUUCUCACUCCAACCCGUUCUUUCAGGCAAACGACCCAUUGUUGCUGCUCUUUUCCACAGGAAACUCCUCCCCGCCUUUUCCUCGCACCUGGGCCCGAACCUUCUUCCCUCCGAUAAUAGUAAUAGUUUGAACGGCCAACCCGUUCCCUCGUCGCCCAUUUCCGAGAAGGAAUCUUCUCCUAGACUCGUAGUUAGGGAUCUCGAUCGGUUCCCUCACGGGCAAUCCCCUGUCCUUUCCUCUUCGAACACUCUCGACCAACAAAGGGACGGCGUUGUCGAAUGCGCGAAUGGAAGACAACUCGAACAUUCCGUUCAGUCCCGCGUUGUCAGCGAGCCCCUAGUCCCUCCCGUGUCUCCCACCCCUGCCCAGGAUUCCCAUAAGAGCACGGAGCACAAACGUUCGGUCAUCAUGACUUUACAUCUUCCAUCACAGAUGCGUCCACCUCUUCAGGUGGAUUCAGCAGGAACAAUGUCAAACUUAACCGAAUACAGAAACCAGCCAAAGACACCAGGAAACAAAAUCACAUCAUUUUUCGGUUGGAAAACCACGUCUUCCCCUGGGGCGGAAUCGAGCAGCACCGAAAUUUCUGAUUCGGGGCCCUCGUCCCUUCCAUCUCCAUUGAAUGGCUCAGUUUUCCACUCCUCCAUUUCGUCACGCUACCCUUCUCACGAUUCGUAUGGUGCAUCUGUUUCCAGAAUGCCUGAUAGGGCAAUGUCCAUCGUGGAGCAGGAAAUGGAUGGAAAAUUGAUGGAGAUGGAACAUGAGUUGCGCGAGAUCAGUUCCGAGUUGGCAGGCUCCAUCAGACGUGAGAUGGAGUUGGAGAUUUUGGUUGAGAGGUUACAGCUGGAAGCCGGUGUUGGAUCUGAACAAAAUCGCCGGACAAGCGAUUACUUCUCCGACUCUGGAACCAGUUCUGUAAAACACCCCCUCGGUGACGUUGACGGGAACAAAACGGAAGAUUUCUAUAGAAUGAAGAGAACGUUGGAGCAGGAGCGAGCCCGGCUAAAGGUUGAUUUAUCGCAAAAGUGGCAGGAAGAACGAUCUCGUCGGAUAGCUUUUGAGUCUCAUGUGCGAAUUCUAGAGGGUCAAGUGGAUCAGCUACGUCGCGAGAGAGUGGAUGCAUCAAAUAUUAGCUCCAAAACAAAAGAACUGGAGACCGCCUUGGAAGAUACUCGACGGCGUUUAUCUGAGGAAAGACAGUUGAAAGACAACUUUGAGGACUUGCUGACGGCUAUGCGAGUUGAACUUGAACAGCUUCGAAACGAACGGGACCAACUUCGAGAUUAUAUCGUCCCGCAACUUAAAGCAAAAAUGCAUCAAGAUACCCAAGGCCUGCGCACGGAAAAUAAUUCAUUAAAUCAGUCGAGGAAAAUACAGUCAGAUAUGCAACAACAAGCACGCAUAAGAUCGAUAGUUGAAGAGGACGAGGUGUCGGUGACGAGAAGGGGCAGCCUGUCGAGAUCAAAUUCUCUUGCGCGUAUAGGAUCAAGAUUGGCUGGUUUAGGACGAUCGGGAUCCAUUUCCAAACCCAGCUCUCGCCCGGCCUCGAUGAUUGUUAAGGAGCGGGACUUGAAAGAAUCAUUGGUAGAUCGGAUGAAAGAUGUCGAAUUACAACGGGACGCUCUCCAUCAAACUGUCAAGAGCCUCCUUCAACGCCAGAAUUGGCAAGCCCAACAAUACAAGAAGCGAAUCCGAAUGCUAGAAGCAGAACUUGACCGUGCUCGACAAUCAGGCUCUCCACGGAGACUCGGCUAUGAAAGGGAUGUUAUAAAUCUACGAGAAGAAAUCAACUUGCUCAGACAUCGGGCUGAUGAGGCUCUGGAACAAAAAUGGAGGUGUGAGAAAGGACUGGCCGGUUUGAAAAUGGACCUAGACCGUGCUGAGCAGGAGACUGGUUCGCUCCGUGCGCUCCUGCGGGAACACGACAUCCUUGUCCCUAGUGCAGCUAAAAACGAUCUGGCAGAUUUCACCGCAUCCAGCUCUUCACUGGAAAAUGCUUACAAACAGCUACAAGCUGACAGCUCAUACGCCCAAGACCCGGACAAAAAAAAUACACUUGGCCUACAAGUCCAGCAGCAAUUGGCGACUAACAGUGCAUUGAAACAUCGUCUCUGGGAAGCGAUUGACAAAGGAGAGCGCGAACAAAACGUCUCUGCUAACCGGAUCAACGAGAUGCAAACCCGCCUCAAGUUCCUUGAAGACGCUCUGAUGAUGGCCCAGCAAGCCUCCGAAGAAGAGGUUGCAAAACACGAGUUGGAGAUCGAAACCCUGCGGCAAAACCAUAACGCCCAACUUAGGCGCGCAAGGAAUGGCGUCAGGAGUCCCGUACUGCUCUCCCCGAUGAUGCCCGGCUCUCCCUUUUCCGGUACACGAUCCCCACGCCUUACGAUGACAACAAGUGGAGAAGGAAUGUCGCUGAACCAAGCGAUUAAGAUGGAAGCUGUCGAAGCCCGUGUAAAGGAGCUUGAGAAAGCUCUACGUGAUGCUGAGUUGGAGAUGGAAACUGUUGUUAGCCGUAUGAAUAAGGCACAGAUCGAAGUUGCUGAGUUGCAAUUUGAUAGAGACGAGGCAUUCCGCCAGACACGCAAACUUCAGGCUCAAAUUCAAGCAGAACGUGAAAACCAUAGACACUCGGUUUCGGCAGAAUGA